UAAUUAUCAGCUAAUAAAAAUACUCUGGGACCGAAUCAUCUGUAGCCGAGUUGACCAGAUACCGCCAUUAGAAUCAUCCGGAACACCCCAAGUCCUUCAAAAACAAUAGAGAGACAUUGAAAGUCGACCAGCAUGGCCUCUGUUGGUAAACUAUUGCAGAGAGUAAAACCAACACUCCCAGAUAAAUGGAAAGGAGGGAAAAUAGAGAAAAUUGGUAACUAUAUUUAUAAUAUCUACAAUGACUACAAGGUAGUUGCCCAAGAGACCAUUCAGGACUGCAAGAACAACCCAGUUAAAGCUUCCAUUUACAUUUCCUUUUUGUCAUUUUUUGGACUUCUGUACAAAACAAACCCAACUGAAAGAGAUUUUAAGCAGGAACUUCUAGAUGAUGCUCAUGAAAUGCUAUUGAUAGGUGAACCAAUUAGAAAUGUAAACACUGACAGAUACCUUUGUUCACUGUUGGAAGCACAGCGAGAUGGACGCUUGAGGUAUCGCAGUCUCUUGUUCUUCUCUUUAGUGUAUUUUGAUAAUAUGUCGCAUGAGUCUGAUUUGUUUGAAGCUAGAUGUAAGCUUAUUAAACCUCAUUGGAAAGAUUUCCAUAAGAGUAUUGUGGAAGUGGGAAUACUGGGACGUUUUGUGAAUUUACGAAAGGCCAUGGAGGACUAUGAUGUUAAUCCCCAGGAAUGGAAUGAACAAGGAAUGCCUGUUAAUCCUCUGAAACUUUCACAACUGAAAUAAUAUUACUGUUAUUGAAUUGCAUUAAUGAAUUUUAUUUUGUAUUAAAAGGUUACAAUGUAAUAACGUUGUUACUGUUACACCGAAUUCUUUGCUAUCUGGUAGAAGAGUUAUGAUUUCAAUGUAUGUUGUUGCCAUGGAUACUAAAAGAGAAAUUCUUUGAACACUAACUCCUCCACAGUUUUAGGCCAUUCCAAGUUUUUUCUAUGUUUAGCGUCUGCUUGUGCCUUGGUUUUUGGCACCCCAUAUCAGAAAAAACAAACAAAAUCAGGAGUCCUAAAAUUGAUUAUUUUAGUCAAAAUUUUGGAAAUUUGUCAAGGUCUUUAAAUAUUUCUCACUAGUAUGUCAUAUUAUGUAUAUUUUAAGCAUUUAAUACCUUGAUUUUCUAUGAGAAAAAUAGAUUCAUGAAAUCAAAUCCUUUGAAUGAGGUCAUUUUUAUUAAUAUAAGGUGUGUGUUUUAUUUUUUGGCUUGUGUGUUUUUUGCAAAUAGGUAGGUAGGUCUUUGAAAGAUGGGUGGACACUAAACAGAGAAAAAAACUUGGAAUGGCCUUAGUACAAAUUCAGUAAAGUCAGUAAAACUUGGCACAAGUUUAGAAAUUAUUUUGAGAUGUAAUUUCUGUAAACAUAAAAUGAUAAAGUAUUACAAGCCAAAGGACAA